UCUUUAAACAUGAAGGUAUUUUUCAAACUUAUAACUAUCAUGCUCUUGCUCAAUAGUAUUGCAUGCGAAGCAAAACUAUCCACAAAGUUCUACGACGGAAGAUGUCCGGACGCCGCCGCCAUAAUCCACAAAUCCAUCGAGAAAGCGGUCUCCCGCGAGCCGCGCAUGGCGGCGUCCCUCAUCCGCCUCCACUUCCACGACUGCUUCGUUCAGGGAUGCGAUGCUUCCAUCUUGCUAGACGAGACCGCUACUAUCCAAAGCGAGAAGACGGCAAUCCCCAACGCUAACUCCGCUAGAGGAUACGACGUGAUCGAGGCCGUGAAGCGUGAGAUCGAGCACGCCUGCCCUGGCGUUGUCUCGUGCGCUGACAUACUCACCCUAGCCGCACGGGACGCCUCUGUCGCCGUUGGCGGGCCGUGGUGGAAUGUACGGUUGGGAAGAAGAGACUCGACGACGGCCAACCGGUCACAAGCAGAGACCGAUCUUCCAAGCCCUUUCGUUGAUCUCAACGCGCUCAUUCUUGCUUUUGCCAUUAAAGGUCUUAAUGCUAGAGACAUGGUUGCACUAUCCGGGGCCCACACGAUAGGGCAAGCCCAGUGCUUCUUAUUCCGCGACAGAAUAUACAGCAAUGGCUCAGACGUCGAUGCUGGAUUCGCAACCACCAGAAGGCGGCGCUGCCCCCGCAACGGAGGCAACGGCAACUUGGCGGCGCUGGAUGUAGCGACGCCAGAUUUGUUGGACAACAAGUACUUCAAGAACUUGGUUGAACGGAAGGGACUUCUGCAGUCGGACCAAGUGCUUUUCAGUGGGUCCACCGCCGGAAUCGUGUCGGAAUAUACAAAGAAACCGCGAGUAUUCGCAGCUGAUUUUGGAAAAGCAAUGAAGAAGAUGGGAGAGAUUGAGAUCCUCCUAGGUAAGAAUGGUAUCAUAAGGAGGAGGUGCAGCGCCGUCAACUAG